AACUACAUGUAUACGAAAUACAAAUCUCAGGGAGGUCUGAACAUCGACUUUGGACAGCGCUAUCUUAUACGGACCCUUGUGUUGCUCAGCCUAUUUGUACUUCCUUGGUCCACUAAACAUCCACUGGUCUGUAAAGGUGUAGAGAUAUGCCAUCCUUGGAUGCGAACACAGUUAUCCUUGUGAGAAAAUUUGAGGGUAAAACUGACCACAUUCUGUUACGGAGCCUCCUUAAGCCACGUGUUAUUCACGGCAAAAUUGAAAAGAUCAAAGGCACCGACGGUAAAAGUCCUGCCACAGAAUUCAAGCAUGCCACCAUGACAUCACGUACUGGCCUGAAGCUCCAGUUGAUGAAACAGCAGGUGCAAGAUGAAGAGAAAAAAGAGGCACUCACAUCACAGUCGCUCCGCCUAUCAGGCCUAGGGGGAGCGAACUCUUUCCACACAACCCCAGUGAGCAUGCCCGUGUCCUCAUCUGUGAACUCUGAUGUUCCUCCACAGAUUUUACAGGUGAAGACUAGGUUACAGAAUCCAACGAAAUACCAUGUGGAACAGAGCCAGAAACGCCAGAUUCAGAUGUUUAUCAGCCAAUCACAACCAGAAGGGCCCCUUACUCAUUCCCUUUCAACCAUCAAUUUGGGCCACAUUUCGAACAGCUAUAACCACCAGCACCCAAACAGCGCUCCAGUGGAUCCAGACAGCCCACUGUCUGUGGGAAUGAGCAGCGCUGCUACAAGCAUGUCAGAGGUGGAUGACAUCCUGGGAGAAAUCAUCAGCCUGGAGAAUGUGGAUGCAACAACAGACAAUGACCUGAAUUUCAUAGAGCCAACCCUGUCACACAUUUCCUCAUCAACAGAGGCUCCGACAUUUCUGUCAGAUGAUGAAGCCAGACUUUGGGCAAAAGAAAGACAAAAGAAAGACAAUCACAACCUCAUUGAAAGAAGAAGAAGAUUUAAUAUUAAUGACAGAAUUAAAGAAUUGGGAACUCUUCUGCCCAAGUGCAGUGACCCGGACAUGAGACAGAACAAAGGGACAAUACUCAAAGCCUCCGUAGAUUACAUCAGAAGACUGAAACGUGACCAUGAUAAAAUGAAACAGUUGGAGGAAAAGCAGCGUAUGAUGGAGGCAACGAAUCGAAGAAUGAUGCUGAGAAUACAGCAAUUGGAACUGUUGAUGAAGGCUCAUGGAAUAACAACCGGGACCUCCAAUGAUUCUGAACAGCUUCUGACCACAUUAAUAGAGCCAAACACACUUCAGACACCAUUAAGGACCAUGAAUACAGACAUUGUUGAUCACACACAGGCAGCCAUUGCCUCACUCACACAGCUUCCUCACUCACAGAGUCCAUUUGAUGACAUGGACGACACAUCACCUGUUGGGGGAGAUCCCAUGAUGCUCUCUGCCCCUGUCAGUCCUGCAAUGGAAGAGGAAAACAGUGACCUUCUCAACUUGUAAUAAAAGACUAUUUUCCAAUGACUGGUGCAAUGUUGUUUAAAUUAACUGUGACAUACCUGUACCUUUUAUCUGCAGUGCUUUCAGGAGGUCACCUAUGUUUCUGCCAACUGGUGGAUGCUUGUGCUCAUAAAUGCAAGGGAGGUAAUUUGUGGUGUAACUGAUGGGUGCUGGCUGCUAUUGACAAAAGCAUCAUUUUGAUAUGGGUUAGCUGUAAUAUCAGACAAAUAUCUUUUUGUUUGCGCCUUUUGAUUUGUUGUUCUGUUUUAAUUAAUGGCCUUAAGAUACUGUUUUCUCCUCCUGGUUGCUGCAGUUUUACAGUUUUUUAAUGUGAUAUUUUCCAGAACUGGGAGUAGAACUUUAAGACAGAUUAAAGAUUUAGAUGUACAUAUCUAUAUAUAUACACAAUGUUUAUACAUUAUGUAUCAAUACAUAUACUUAAUGUAUGUAGGAGUAUGAAAGGGACUGGAUACAAAUUACCUUUGAUCGUUUAAGGAGAUGAUGUAAUUUUACUCGGUAAAGAUAGACUUCUCAUUCAGUAUUUUUUCUUAAAAGUAAACAGCACAGAGAAUGUAUGGGACUGUCUGGUAUUUGUUUUUGGAAGAUUUUAUUGUGCUUUUUAUUAGCCCAGGCAUGUGUUAAAAAUAUGUUUUAUCUAUCAAUUUUAGAUAAGUUAGGCAAAAUAGCAGAGGUCUUGUAAAAGACUGCUCUUUUUAAUACUUAUAUUCUGAUACAAUUCUAAUUUUGUGCUUUAAUAGUUGGUCAUUGCACUAGUGAUUUUUUUAUUUAACAAGAGAAUUUUAUUCCCUUCUACACAUAAUAAAGUAGCUAAUGUUUAAUAUACAUCUGGUAAACCAGACAAAAGAAUGACCCAGUCUGAGUUAAAAUUGAUUGGUAUUUGUCCUCUUUUAGUUAUUGUUUGCCUCAUUAAGCUGCAUCCACUUUUAACUGGCCAAUCGAAGGAAAUCUUUCUCAAACCAGGAUCAGCAGUAGCAUUUAUAAUGCAUAGGUAACUGCAACAUGUAGUAUUGGUAGCAGCAUUGCUGCUAUUCCUAAAGGAGUUGUUAGUUUAUUACAUUUAUGUUGUACAUAAACAUUUACAAAGCAUUAUCAAAAAUAUAUACUUUUGGCAAAAUAAAUGUAUGUAAAUAGUUAUCCCCACUUUUGCAUCUACAAGUUUUAUCCCAUUCAUCCCCCAUUAUUGUUGUGAACAACUGUUCACUCACCUUGUUACCAUAUGUACAUUCAUGUAAACUUUUAGUAAAAAUUAUGAAAGUUCAUAUAUUCAUCGGAAUACUGUAAAUAAAUAUUUUUACCCAAUUUCA